UACCUGUGAUUGAAAAAAAUAACAAUUUCUAUUUGUAUAUUAACAAUGGCUUGCAAUGAAAAUGUGGUGAAAAACAUAGCCAACGAAGUGGCCAGAGAAUGCCAAUCGCAAAAUGUGGCCGUGGAUCCCGAUUUCGUCAUAUACUUAAUCGAUUUAUUACUGUUGAAUCCGAAAUACGGGAAAUUGUUCACGAAAACUAUAAACAGAAACAAUUUACAGUUCUUCGUCGGUGAUUGUGUCGAUCUGCUGAUACGUGACAGCACGUCGAUCAAAACAUUAAAGAUGCAAUUUACAAUUCAAACUAAUUACGACAAGCUGCAAAACCUCAUCGACAAACACUUGGACUCCAUCGACAACUGUCUCCGGCCUUUAGUUAACGAAAUCCUCGACGAAGAACCGAAUCCUGAUGAUGAAGCCCAAACGAAGAAGUUAUUCAGGAAAAUAUCCAUAUUCAUCAUACUCGCUAGUGGUCUGGGUAACCCAGGAGUUAUAAUCACGUUAAAGGAAGGGAUGGCCGCCUUAGAAAGCGUUUUCUCUUGGAACGACUUGAAGAUGUUCAUUGCUUUGCCGAGGAACGAAAAACUGACCCAACUGAACGAGCUGAUGGAGAUCGUGUCGGGAGUUAGGAUCUUCAAUAGAGACUGCAAGAAAGGUGGAGAAGGGAUACCUGAUCUGCCUUUUGACUUGGUGGAUGCGGGUAAGGCUUGCCUGACGGCCUUGUCGAAUUCCUUGAUAACUGUCAUGCAAAGAGUCAACACGCUCACCACGGCCAUCGAAGACACCGUCGUGAUCCAAGAUGAAACUGGGAACGUAUUGAUCGAUGUUAGAAGAAACAGCGGACUGACGAAUGAUGAUUACAAUGAAAUAUUUCAAUUGUUAGCGUUCAAUCGACAGUACGAGGUGUUCACUAGGAAGCUGCUGUGUGACGUGGAGACGAUGUUACAGAGAGGAGCGCAUUACGUUGACCGAGUGAAGAAGGUUCUCGAAGAGUUACACGAUACCGUCAAAUAUAAAACCGCCGUCCCGACUGUGACAGUCUAUCCACUCUUCGCCAAGCUCUGGCAGACUUGGCGAGCCAUGCAAAACACCAUGUACCUGGUGUCGACGGCGAACCGUCUCAUGUCCGUUCUUACCAGCAUACAGGAACAAACGAAGAUACCGUACAACGUAUUGGAUAUCAUGCUUAGUGGUAAAGAGAUACUCUCUGACCAGGAACGCAUGUGUGGGCGCAUCAGUAUGGAAGACAGAUUAUCCCUCGGUGCUUUGAAGAAUUAUGUCGCGUACGAUAGCUUUUCCACACCGAACGAUAGAUACGUCCAGUUCCUAGGUUUCUGUGCCGUGUGCCUCGGCGUGGGGGCUUUAAUCCCGAGCAAUAUGAAGAUCGGCCUCAUCAAGUGUCAGGGACGACGUUAUGGCUUCUGUAGUGUCAAAAUGGCGGCCAAAUUCAGCAAAGACCCUCAACGGUACGUGAAUGAAGUUUUGGAAUACGCGAGAAACAAUCCCCAUGUUAUAAACCUGCUCAAUAUUGUGGAAGAUGCUUUUAGCGUUAAAGACAUUGAUAAUCUGAUAACGAAACACGAACCUAAAACUAAGGUCUCGGAUAAGGACAUCCAAACAGAAACCCAUCCGAUAGAAGAGCACAUUGAGAGGAAUUAUUCCUGGGACCUGUGGGAGUGGAAACGUCGAGCGUGCAAAUGGGCAACAAUAGUGAACAGUCGUACGCAUUCGACACAAACUGACUACAGUCACCUGAGGUCCGAGAUACAUUGCCAAACUUUUGAAAAUCGCGACAAAUCGCUUCAGACCAUGAAGAGUGCCGGAAUUAAUACGAUUCCGAAUAAGGUAUUCGUUUGGGGCUUGAGGGGUCGAAUCGGCGAUGGUCAGCACGCAAUGAACUUAGGCGUGGAACAUAAUGUCGAAAAGAAAAAAGAACAAACAGUCUCAGUGUGCACGUGGCCAUGUGCGGGAUAUAAUCGCGACGAAUCUACAAGCACCGGCUCUCUAUCGGACGAAUACGUACAGUUUUAUAAGCCGGACCUUGUUGAAUAGUAGUAUUGGAUUUUAUGUUAUCU